AUGCCGUCGACGGUUAAGCUCGCGGCAUACCUCUUCACGCGGCUACGGCAGCUCAACAUCAGCUCCGUGCACGGCGUACCCGGCGACUACAACCUCGUGCUGCUCGACUACGUAGCGCCGGCGGGGCUCCACUGGGUGGGCAACACCAACGAGCUGAACGCGGGGUACGCGGCCGACGGAUACGCACGCAUCAACGGCGUCGGCGCCCUCGUCACGACCUUCGGUGUCGGCGAGCUGUCGGCCAUCAACGCCGUCGCCGGCGCAUACGCUGAGCGCGCUGCCGUCGUCCAUGUCGUCGGGACGCCGGAGCUGGCCGCCCAGGACGAGGGCCGUUUGAUCCACCACACGUUCAACGACGGCAACUUUCGCCGCUUCGCCCAGAUGCAUGCGCACGUCACUGUUGCGCAGGCGAGUCUGCGGGACCCGGAGGCCAGUCCGGAGAUGAUUGACGACGUGCUUAGCCAGUGUCUGCUACACAGCCGGCCCGUGUACAUCGAAGUGCCCAUGGAUCUCGUCGAGGCGAACGUCUCUGCCGCGCGCCUCCAGCACCCCAUCACUGUGCCCGAGGCGCUGCCGGACCCGCACUGGGAAGACGCGCUCACAGCGCUGCUCGACAGAAUAUACAGCGCCAAACAGCCACUCAUCCUCGUAGACGGCGAGACGCGCGCUCUCGGCAUCGUUGACGCCGUGCAAGCGCUCUCCCGCCUAACCAACUGGCCCACCUAUACCACCGUCUUCGGGAAAGGCCUGCUAGACGAGACGGCGCCGAACUUCCACGGCAUCUACAAAGGCAGCUACGCCCCCGCCGCCGCGCAAGACUACUUCAAAUCCGCCGACCUUGUCCUCGUCUUCGGUCCGCACUUCAGCUCGACGAACUCAUACUCCGGCACGGCGAUCCCAGCCGCCAGCGCCGCAGUACUAGUCACCGACAGCACUCUCACAACGCCCAACCAAACGUUCGCGAACCUGCCCGCGCGCUUCCUGCUCACGCACCUCCUGCAGACACUCGACGCGGCCAGAGUCCCUCCCGCGGCGUUCACGCCUCCGCCCCUGCCACCACCGCCAGACACUCCGGCCCCAAAUGACUUGAUCAUGCACAGCGUCUUCUGGCCCCGUGUCGCCGCCGCGCAGCUCCUGCAGGCUGGUGAAGUUCUGCUUGCUGAGACGGGCACGGCUGCCCAUGGCGCGCGUGACUUGGCGCUCCCGAGGGGCGCGCGCGCUUUCUUUCCCGCGACGUGGUUGAGCAUCGGGUAUAUGCUGCCGGCGGCGCAGGGGGCCGCUUUAGCCGUCCGAGAACGGAGCGAGCGGAGCGGACAGAAGGGAGCAGCACCACCAAAAGCGGUCCUCUUCAUCGGCGACGGCAGCGUGCAGAUGACAGUGCAGGAGCUCUCGACCAUCAUCCGCGAGGGCCUGGACGUGCUUGUCAUACUGCUGAACAACGCGGGGUACACGAUUGAGCGUGUGAUCCAUGGGCUAAGGGCGGGGUAUAAUGACGUUGGGGCGUGGGAGUAUGGGCUUGCGGGGAGGUUCUUAGGUGCAGGGGCCGGGUUCGCAGUCAAAGUGCAGACGUGGGCGGAGCUGGAAGAUGCCCUCAGUGAUGAGCGAGUGUUGAGGGGGCGCGGGUUGAGGGUUGUGGAGGUUUUGAUGGGGAGGGAGGAUGUGCCGGAGGGGGUGCUGAAGGUGCUGCUUGAGAAGGAGAAGGAGAGGGUUGGUGCUGAGGCUGAAGUGAAGCACAGUGCAGCCACAGGCGCCACUUAUCAUGCACGCCGGAAGCGGGAGAUUGGUUACGGCCUAUCAUUUAGCACAGACAGUCUUUACUCAAAUGUAAAAAGAAAACUGCACUAG